AGAUGUUGAUAGGAGAUUUACACAGAUGUUUGUAACAAGAGCAUUUGCAAUUAAAUACUUUAAUGGUGAUUGCUAAUAAAGUCUUCGUGACGUUUUGUGACGCAGUCGCCCGUCUACAAUUUUUGUAAACACGCUUGUCGAAUACACAAAUUCUAUACGAAUAGUUGAAUAGGCUAUUUAUUGCGGAAGUAAUGGCUUCCUAAAUUUUAAUUGCAGACAUUAUUUUAUUACGGAUAAUUAAAAUCAAAUAUGACGAUAUGUCUUGUUUUUCGCACGAAUCGGGCGCGCUAUGUUAAUAAUUGUGUCAUCCGGCGUAUUCCCUUCGAUAUUUAAUGCAGCGUCCUGUAAAAGCGCUACAAAGAACUAUCCUGAAAAAUAUUGUUUGUGUCUUAGAAAAUUUGUUUCUAUUUAUGAAUAACCCUGUAUUCAAUACAAUGAACCAGUGAAUUUAUGUUUUCAUUGAAUGAAAUGGACGGUAGAAUGAUGACUUUCGGUAGGUUUUAGUGGAUCUGAGAUAUUAGAAUUUAGUUAUUGUCAUGGAUGAUGCCGGCGGCACGAAUUCAGUGAAGAAUAAAAUGAAGGGUAAGCAAGAAGAGGAAGAGGAUUCCGAGGAGGAAGUCCUCGACAGUGAGGACGAUGACGAAACCAUCGCGAGAAUACAGCGGGCUCACUUCGCCCAGACAGCAGCUAUGAACGCUCGGAGGCGCGCUGCUCCUCGGCCCAGGCCGAUGAGCCACAAGAGGAAAAUGGAAGCUGUGAAAAACUUUCACGAUUUCACCAAGAAACUCAAAAAAGACACAGAGGAGGAAUUCGUAGUUGACCCUAAUGCAGUACAAGAGCUAAAUGAAGAAAAUGAGAGUUACAUUGACCCCGAGACUGGUGACAUAGUGGAGGCGAAAAGAGAGUCACAAAUAAGCCAAGCACCUCCUGUUGAACCUCCUACAUGUCCGGAGCCCGUUGUCAAACAAGAACCAGAACAAGUACAAGAGGAAGAACCUAAGACUCUUUCAAUAAGUGAUAUCAUUAAUGACGGUGACUUAGACAACAAGAAUGUGGAGAUCUCGGAAGUGGAAGAGAGUGAGUUGUGCCCAGAGAAGACAGCUGAGGAAUUGUUAGACAUUAAACAGGAAGAUAGUAGUCAAGACUUUGAUAUUACGGAGAAACUAAAAGAAAUGGGCGAGAUUAGUGUAAAGCCAAUUAAAAAGGAAGAUGACAGUGGGGAGUCUUCUAAGGAUGAGGAAAAGAAACAUGAAGGGGAUGACGAGAAGAAAUCUCUCAAUACAAAUGCUCUUAAUGUGCGGCGGAACAUCAGAGAAGUCAUGGAUGAGAAAAACCUGGAUGCCUCAACACUGGCUGCCCAGAGGCAGGAGUCGGAGAGAUUGGCCAGAGUUCAGGAACAACAAAGAAUCAUCAGAGAGGUACAAAGACAAAUAGCAAUUAAUAGACAAAACAAAAUUCACCAGAAAACAUUAUCAUUACUGCAAGGAGGGUCAUCAAUAUUAAAGAAAUCCCUUCCUGGGCAGAAGCUGAACUUGCCAAACACAGUUUUAGUAAAAUUACCAUCAGGUGAAACCAAAAAGACAGUAAAGGCAAGUCAGAUUGAAGUUACAAAGUUGCCAAAGCCCACAACAUCUGGCGCGCAAAAGCCUGGGAAACCUGAUCAGAAGGCUGACAAAAAAGAGGUUGUAGAAAUUGUUGAUAGCAGCAGUGGUGAGGAGUCUUCGUCUUCUUCAUCUGAUUCUGAUGAUUGCAUAAUGCUGUCAGAUUCAGAAGUGCCGCCUAGUCCUGAAGCCGAAGAGGAUCCUGGUAACUCAGGUCUCCAUGUCAAUGAUGCAUAUAACAUCCCAGACGAACAAGGCCGUGUAUUAAUCAAUAUUGGUCACCCAGAAAAUGAGGAGGACAUAUUCUUAGCGCCACAGAUCGCUAGGGUUAUUAAACCGCAUCAGAUUGGUGGCGUAAGAUUCCUGUUCGAUAAUAUAAUUGAAUCGGUUGAGAGAUUCUCGAAUUCGACAGGUUUCGGAUGUAUAUUAGCACAUUCUAUGGGCCUCGGCAAGACGUUACAAAUAGUAUGUUUCUGUGAUAUAUUCCUUCGGCACACGACAUCUAAGACUGUUUUGUGUAUCAUGCCAAUCAAUACACUGCAGAAUUGGGUGGCAGAAUUCAACAUGUGGUUGCCAGUGGACGCGAGCACCAGUCCUCUGUCGGCUCAUGGUGAAGUGCGACCGAGGAACUUCCCAAUCUACGUGCUCAAUGACAGUCACAAAACAUUACAAAUGCGAGCGAAAGUUGUCAAAGAUUGGACUACAUCGGGAGGAGUUCUUAUGAUAGGAUAUGAAUUAUACCGACUUCUAAGUAUGAAAAAAGAUAAGAAACCUCGUAAGAAAAAGAAAGCGGAUCUCAAGUUGGAGGCUGAGAGAGAAAAAGAGGAGAAAAAAGCAGAAGCAGCAAAUGAUGAUACACAGAUAUCUGAAGAUUCGAAACUAGAUAAAGAGGACGGAGACAGUCAAGCCAAGUUGGAUGACGAAAUAAAGAGGGAGGAGAAAAAAGAGGAUGUACCUAAUCCUAAUGAUGAAGACAAAAAGCUGUUAGAUGAAAUGUACGAGGCAUUGGUUAAGCCUGGUCCCGAUUUGGUAAUUUGUGACGAAGGUCAUCGCAUUAAGAACUCGCAUUCAAAUAUAUCAUAUGCUUUAAAGCAAAUGAGAACAAAACGGAGAGUUGUAUUGACUGGGUAUCCCCUACAAAAUAAUUUGCUGGAGUACUGGUGUAUGGUGGACUUCGUUCGUCCGAACUAUCUCGGUAGCAAAACUGAGUUUUGUAAUAUGUUUGAGAGGCCGAUACAGAAUGGACAGUGUAUAGACUCGACGCCCCAAGAUAUAAGGCUCAUGAGAUACAGAGCUCACGUAUUACAUUCACUUCUCGUCGGUUUCGUACAAAGGCGGUCGCACGCGGUUUUACAAUCAACGUUACCGCAAAAGGAAGAAUACGUUCUUCUAGUACGUAUGACGCCGUUACAACGAAAACUGUACGAUAGGUUUAUGAACGAAGUAGUCCGCUCUACAUCAGUGCCAAAUCCUUUGAAAGCUUUCGCGAUUUGUUGUAAGAUUUGGAAUCACCCUGAUGUUUUAUACAACUUCCUUAAAAAGCGUAGUGAAGUUAAUGCAGCUAUAGAGGAAGAUUUGGAUCUAGAGGAAAUAGGAGGAGUCACAAAAGCUGGCCGCGCGCGGAACAAUAAGGGACGUCAGACACGUGCAACUAAACCCCGCGGCGCAGCGAAAAAGCCAGCAGCAACCAUACCGCCUAAUACAACUACUGGUCCAAUGCCGCCUCGACCGGAUUCGAAUAUGUACGGCAACGCACCGUACCCACCUAAUACUCCAUACGGCCCGUCACAAAACAUGUUUAGACCAGACCAACCUUCUGGAUCUUAUCCACCUUAUCAUAAUUAUCAAAAUGCAGGACCUGGUUACUACCCGCCCAAUCAAGGGUACAACCAAAACUACGAGGGUAAUUACUACCAACAGCAACCUCCUUAUGGUAACAAUUAUCCCGGGCAAUUUCCCCAAAACAUGCCUCCGGAAGCAGGCCAAAGUUAUAACCAGAAUUAUUGGGGUAAUGGAAAUUACUAUGGUAAUAGUGGAUACUACAACAAUUCGCAGUAUCAGCAGAAUAACCAACCACCGCAACAAGAUUUUAGAGCGAAUCCGCCUCCAGAGUAUAAUAAUUCUCAGCAUUCGCAACAUUCACAGCAUUCGCAACAUUCGCAGCAUUACCCACCGAACUAUAAUGCGCCUCAAUCUGACCAGCCGUAUCCUGGCAACGCAAUGCAACCCUACUCAAAUAAUCAAGAAGGUUACACUGGUAAUCCACAAAGACCACCAUAUCCCGGCUAUCAUAAUCAGCCUGGUUAUUCAGAGUACAACGCGAACACGCCGAGCUCAAGCUCGUACCCUAAUACGCCAGGAUCUCAAGGCUACCCCAACCAACCUUAUCCUCCACCUUACUCAGCAAGCACUUCAUCGUUCGGUAGUAAUUCAUCGUCUUACAAUCAGUAUGAAAAUCAGCCUCCCAAUUAUCCAGGUUUUACCAACAAUAUGCCUCCCAACCAAGUCUCCAACACUAAUGUGCCAAAUCAACCUGCUAUUAAAAAUGAACCGAACCCGGUUCCUAGCGCGUACUCAUCUGCUGAAGUUAAGUCGGAACCGACUAUACCACCAUCGCAAAACCCCACUGCUGUGCCAUAUAAUAAUCCUGCUUAUGGAUAUCCACCUAAUACUUCCUCUUACCCUGAACAACAAGAAAGCACCUCAAAUAAUAACUUUCCAUGUUCUUUUCCUAAUUUCCCAUCACAUCUUGAAACUAAAACGCCUUUGGGCAGCGCUAGCUCUGGCAGCCCAGUAACAUCGUGGCCAAUCACUGAAAUCAAGACUGAACUCGAUAAACUCAAAGCCGAAGAGAAAACUGAGAUGAAAUCAGAAUCGGACGGAGAAGUCAAAAUAGAAGACUUGGAUACAAAGAAGAUUGUAAAAGAUGAAAAGAAAAUUAACAAAAACCAACCACUUACACUUAAAGAUCAAAAAUCAGAAUCAAAUAAGAAGAAAGAUAAAACAGAUGGUCAGAAAAGUGAUGGCUCUGAAUCCGAAGACGAGGCUCAGAAAGGUAAGGGCAAGAAGGGAAAAGGCAAGGAUAGUAAAAAGACGAAAAGUAAAAGUAAAGGAUCAAAAGCUAAAGGACGGAGUGAUAGGAAAUCGUCUAAAGAGAAAAACAACGAAGACUCGGAAUCGGAAGAGAGUGAAAAAGAAGAGAAAAUGAAUAGGGAAGAGGAACUAGCUAUGGUUAAGAAAGCAGAGGAAAUGACGUACGACUGGGCAGCUGAGUUACUAAAAGAUUACAUUCCUGGGAUUAUCGAAAAUUCAGCCAAAAUGGAAUUGUUCUUCUACAUAUUGAAUGAAAGUAUAAAGCUUGGAGAUAGAUUGCUACUAUUUAGUCAAAGUUUAUUUACCUUGAAUCUUAUCGAAGACUUUCUAGAAAAGAAUUACAUACCUGGUACUAAUUGCCUUUGGGAACGAAAUACGAACUACUAUCGUCUCGAUGGAUCAACACAUGCGUUGGAACGAGAAAAGCUUAUAAACGAGUUCAAUGCAAAUCCACACAUCUAUUUGUUCCUUGUGUCAACUCGGGCCGGGUCUCUCGGUAUCAACCUGGUUGGUGCAAACCGUGUCAUAGUGUUCGACGCCAGUUGGAACCCUUGCCACGACACGCAAGCUGUCUGUCGUGUUUAUAGGUAUGGACAAAGAAAACCUUGCUUCGUAUAUCGAUUUGUAAUGGAUUGUUGUUUGGAAAAGAAGAUUUACGAUCGUCAGAUCAAUAAACAAGGUAUGGCUGACCGCGUCGUCGACGAGUGUAAUCCCGACGCCGUACUCUCCAUGAAGGAAAUCACCAAUCUUUGUUUUGACAAUGAUGAAAAGGAAUCCGAGAUAAAAGAUCUUUCGGAACAUAAGGAUAAGUACAUAGAUGUGUUAAUGCAAGGAGUUAUAUCUCAACACGGGCGGAUGCUUAGCAAGGAACCUUUCCAACACGAGUCCUUGUUAGUCGAUAGAAAGGAGAAGAAGCUAUCUAGUGCUGAAAAGAGACUCGCUCAAAGAGGUUAUGAGCUGGAGAAGAAGGCGGCGCUGGCCCCGAAGCCGGCGGCGGCGUACCGCACGGUGCGCACGGCGGACGGCAGCCUCGUGCAGCGCCCCGUGGCCUCCGUGCGCCCCAUGCAGCACGGCGCGCGCUGGAUCCCCGCCGACGUGUGGCGCCGCCAGGGCAUGACUGCGCAGGAGAUGACGCUGCCGCUAGAUGUGGUGAUACCUACAAACUCAGCCGAGAAGACCAACAUAGUAUUGAAAGCAGGCCAGCGAGUAAUGGUCUUAAAAUCGCCGAAGGGUAUAUACAUGCAGCUAGAGUCUGGUAAAAUUAUCGCUAUCAAGACCUCUUUCAAAGGCCUUGGACAAAAAUCUGGGGAUAAUAAAGACAACAGUCCAAUAGGGAAAAAAGUUUUAGGUAGUCGAACGUCGGUAACAAAUAUACCAGGAUCGCUAAAGAAUAAUUCGGCCAUUACGAUCACAUCCAAAACGGGCCCUCGGCCCGGUUUCCAUAGAGUAAUAAGGCCUUCAAUGUUAGGUCAAAACAAGAUGUCCAGACCCCUGAUACCUGGACAGAAGAUUUCUGAUAUUAGAAAUCGAUUAGGAGAACUUAGAUCAUAUUCAGCUAUGCGGCCGAAAUCUCCUCUUCAAAAUAGAUUAUUACGACCGAGCCUACCUGGAUCAGUAAGUAUAACGAAAAUUCCGAGGGAUCCCAAAAAGUCUGAUACUGAUGGCAAUGAAUCUAGUUCUGCUAGUACUACUAAAUUGGAAACAAAUUCCGAGGAAGAUACUCAGGUGUUAGAUAGUGAUGAAGAAGAUGACAAAAAACAGCAGAAACCAAAACCAUCAAACGUUUUAGAACUAGAUGCGAGUAAAACUGAUACUCCUGAACCGCCUACUACUGCGGAAGCAGAAAAUCCUCCAAGCACAGGAAUGGAUAAAGAAUCGAAGUCUGAACCAGAACCCUUAGUCUUAACAACAGAUGAGAAAUUGCCCUCUGAGGAUGCUUUAGAAAAUAAGCCUACAGAAGACAAAUUUAUGGAGCAAUCAAGCAUACUAGAUAUGAACAGAUUUGAUUUAUCAGAGUCGAGCCGAUCUGCAGAGGCAGUCGAAAGAAAGAUAAACCCCUUAAAAAACUACAGGCAUCAACGACCGAGUGGCCGCGUAUCACUAGAAUCCAGUCUCAGUCAACUAGAAAGAACGGCUAGCGUAUUGAACAAAGAGGGAAUGCCGGACUUCCGUAAGAAUUUAGACGACAUAACUCAGUCGUACUCACCAACAGGCGAAGAAAGACCUGGCACUAAACCUAGAAAGCGACGGUCGCCUACGAAACCCGACGGCACACCGGAGCCGCAGCCCAUGUCCGUGCCCGGGGCGUCGCCCUCUGCUGGUCCUGCCCCCGGCUUGUCCCCCGGGCCCACAGCCGCGCCCAGCCUGGCGGGCCCCGCCACCCUGACGGGCCCCGCCAGCCUGGCCGGCCCGCCCGGCCCCGGCAUGUCGCACAGCGUGUCCAGCCUGCUGGGGCCCGCCUCGAUGCCGCGCCCGCGCAAGUCCGAGCCUGCGCUGCAGCCCGGCAUGCCCAGCACCAUAUCUCCUAGCAUGCCCUCCAGUAUGCCCAGCAGCAUGCCUCCCAGUAUGUCCGCCAACCCUAUGGACGCCUCUCUCGUGCACCCGCGCCUAAUGGGCCGGCCAGGACCUCACGAGCCCCCGCACGCGCAUUCUGGACAUAUGAAAUCAUCUCCCGGGAUGCCUCUCAGCAUGAGCCAUCCUGCCAUGAUGAGCGGUGGCACGGCGGUUCCCGCUGACAUUAGCAAGUCUAUGGCGCACGGGCAUAUGCCCGGCGGCCCUCCCGUGCCUCCCGGGCCGCCCGGACAAAUGUAUCCCACCGGAAAUGCACCGCCGGAGGGACCUUAUGCCCCUCAGUUUCCAGGCUACAACAUGGGCUACGGCGCGUACGGGGCGCCGUACUACGGCGGUUACGGCGGCGGCGGCUACUACGGGUACGGCGGCGGCGCGGGCGCGGUGCCGCCGUACGCGGGCGCGCCGCCGGCCCCCGCCUACGCGCCGGAGGGCUACCUGCCCCCCAACCCGCAGUGGUAG